AUGUCCGGCGACGCCUUCGGGAUGGGGGGCACACAGGCAGGGCCCGGCAGCCUGGCGAGCCGGCCCUGCUCCAGCACAGGACACUUUUCUAUACGGGUGCAAACGGGACGAUUCCGCACGUUUUCAGCAGCGCAGCCCCCGGCUGUGAGAGGGGCCCAGCCCGGGGCAGGCCCCGCGGGCGCUUUGCAGCCGGCCUGGCCGUGCCGUCCCUCCUCCAGCCGGGAUUUGCACACGAAUCCCGGCUCUUCACACGAGCCAAGGCCGCCGGCUGCCACCAGCGCCGGGGUCACCGCGCCGAGCCCCGGCCGCAGCGGGAGCAGCAGCAGCAGCAGGAGGAGGAGGAGGAGGAGGAUGGCGGGCGGCGAUGAGAAGCGGCGCCUGCUGAGCGAGGGCAGCGGCGGGUACGGGGGUGCCCGGGGGGCUGGGGGUGCUGUGCCCCCUCUGCUCUGCGGGGUCUGGGGGCACCGGGCUGGGGCAGCGCUGGGGGUGCGCCCGCAGCCCCCCAGCCCCGCGCUUGGCCGCAGGGGCUCCGCGGGGAAGGACGGACAGAGCGCGGCGCACGGACGGGAGCCCGCGCUGGAGCUGGGCACGCGGCGUGGGCAGCACUGCCACGCGCGGGGGCACGGCGCCCACCCCGGGCAGCAGCAGCGGGCACGCAGGAAGCUCUACCUGGCGGCUGGCAUCUGCCUCUUCUUCAUGGUGGGGGAGGCCGUGGGUGGGUACCUGGCACACAGCCUGGCCAUCCUGACGGACGCUGCCCACCUGCUGACGGACUUUGCCAGCAUCAUGAUCAGCCUCUUUGCCCUCUGGGUGUCCUCACGGCCCCCCACCAAAACCAUGAACUUCGGCUGGCACCGGGCAGAGAUCCUGGGGGCUCUGCUCUCCGUGCUCUCCAUCUGGGUGGUGACGGGGGUCCUGGUUUACCUGGGGGCGCAGCGCCUGCUCUCGGGUGACUACGACAUCGAGGGUGGCGUCAUGCUCGUCACCUCCGCCUGCGCCGUGGCCGUCAACAUCGUGAUGGGGCUGGCCCUGCACCAGACGGGCCACGGGCACAGCCACGGGGCAGGCGGCGAGCAGCCCAACGCCAGCGUCCGAGCCGCCUUCGUGCACGUCCUGGGGGACCUGCUGCAGAGCCUCGGCGUGCUCAUCGCCUCCUACAUCAUCUUCUUCAAGCCCGAGUACAAGUUCGUGGAUCCCAUCUGCACCUUCCUGUUCUCGGCGCUGGUGCUGGGCACGACGCUGACCAUCCUCCGGGACGUGCUGCUGGUCCUCAUGGAGGGGACCCCCAAGGGGAUGGACUUCAACGCCGUGCGGGACACGCUGCUGGCCGUGCGGGGCGUGGAGGCCGUGCACAGCCUGCACAUCUGGGCGCUGACCGCGGCGCAGCCGCUGCUGUCCGUGCACAUCGCCAUCAACGCGGCCGCCAGCGCGCAGGAGGUGCUGGAGGAGGCGAGCUCGCGGCUGCAGGGCGCCUUCCGCUUCCACAGCACCACCAUCCAGGUGGAGAGCUACUCCGAGGAGAUGCGGGACUGCCGGGAGUGCCAGCCCCCCCGCGACUGA